AUGGCCGCCGUGGGAAACGGUCCAUCCUCGACAGAGGCCGCACCCUCCGAGUCUCAAGAUCCUGCUUCAUACCCUCUGGCGGCGCAGAUCCCGUUGAAGGAAUUCCAAUUGCCAGACUUCCCUCCCCAUGCUUCUCACCUCAGGGAACUCACGUUCACCGCCGACAUCAAGCUCGAUGAGUACCAAAACAUGGUUCAAACCCACAGCGAUGCCAUUGUCACUCAGCCGCCGUUACCGGAUUUGCCGCAAUCCAUCACUCAUCUUACCUUCGAGCUGUUCGGUCUAGGUUUCCCUGGCACCCCCCCCUUUCUCACCAGAAUCGCCCGGUCACUGCCAAACAUCAGAAGCGUCACAUUUUUCAGUUGCUUGAUUGAUGGUCUCGACGAGGCAUCCCGAAAAGAUGCAGAGAAGUUCUUCGAGUGUCUGCCGAAUCUCCAAGAACUGCAUAUCAUCGAUUCCUUCGCACGGCCCGGGUUCUUCAAGACUGUGGGCGGAUUUCUGGAAGCACGUGCCAAACAGAACGCUGGGGAGGGAUUGAAGCUCGUCAACGUCAGUUACACCUUUCGUGGACACGAGGACAGCGACUUCCUGGCCAGAGUUCAAGGCGAGGAACUGCCAAACCUGAUUGUCAAGGGUUUGGUGGGUGCUAGUUUUGACUUCGUCCCGGAGCGACAGGACGAUCUCGUUGAAGCCCCUGAAGGGCAAGACGGGAAGAAAAAGGAGAUGGAGAAAAUCAACGAGGGGAUUCUCCCGUUUGCGAGCGAUGGACGAGCGCCUACCGCGGUAAGGAAGAGGUUCGAAAGCAUGAGUUACGGAGGACAAUUGAAGAGCUUGAAGAUCCUGAAUUUGGGCAUGUGGUCUCUGCGUCCCACGGAGGUGGGUGAGGUGGUCUAUGCAUGUGCCGGAGGUGAACAGGCCGGUUUGGUUGACAUCACCGUCAGCGUUCUUCUCGAAGACGAUUGGGCCAAUAAGUUGGCAGAAGGCCUGCAGCAGCAAGGAGCGGCUUCAGUCUUGGAAGGGAUCGAAGUUAUUGGAGUUCCCGACAAGGCCAAGGAGGAGGGCGAGGACUGGAAAUCCGGCUUGACUGUGGCGAAGCUGACAGACGUCGAGAAGAUUGCUGCUGGUUGUCCCAAGCUGGGGAAAUUUGGGAUGAGCAUUCUCAAGGUCAAGACUGCGCCAAACGUGGUGUUCUUGAAGGAGGGAGGUUCUUGGGUUGAACGGUGA